GAAGGCCACGGGUGAGUGGAAUAAUAAAACAGAGGGAAUCAGACUUUAGGAAAACGUAGCAUGAGUACACAAGCACAGGCACGCACUGACUGCGCCAUGAGUUAUCGCCGCUGACUCGCUGUGUGUCGCCCCUGGCGCCGUGAACUGUGCACUGCAGGCAGUCGCGUGGUGCUGCACCCGUGUGGGUGGUGCGUUUGUGUUCGUCAGUGUGUGCAGUUCAUCAGGGUGGGAUAAAAGGGUCUGGAGCUGGUGACGACCAAAAAAGUUUUUAGAAUCGGACGACGCAAAUCAAACGGGAUCUGAACUCCUGGCCGUUGACCUUCUGAACAGGUGAGCGCUCCCGAAGAGCAGAGCCAUCAAGGUGCAAGUUCUGUUUUGCUUACCAGGUGUGUCGACCUGUGACUGCGGGUGGCGGGUGUUCAGACGAUUUCUUGCGGCCAGUUCCUUGAGCGAUCAUCAUUCGUCUCCACUGCAUCUCCAAACAGCAAAUUCUUGAUUUGUCUUUGACCGGUGGCAGUUCCCUACAAUGAACCUGACGUCCAACAUCACAAAUCAAAUUGACGAAGAUAAAGUAAAUUACUACAUCGGAAUUUAUACCUCCUUUCACAACAGCUACAUCUGGGUGAUAGUGGCCCUGGGUGUGCCUGGCAACAUCGCCAGCUUACUGACUCUCACAUCCAUGACCAUGACCACGUCCAUCUUCUACGUCACCUUGCUGGCAGGAACUGACCUCCUCGCUCUGGUCCUCAAACUUGUUUUUCACCAGCUGAGCAACCACAACAUACCGCUGUACGAUGUGGGAUGUAAGUUUGGUUUGUUUGUGGAGGUGGUGAGCUGCUACGCCAGCUGGACCCUGGUUCUCAUCUGCUUUGAGAGGUUCCUGGCCGUGUGCUAUCCUCUCAAGCGGAACGCCUACUUCACACAAACAAAAGCCGUGGCCAUUGCCGUUGUUAUUGCCAUGAUGAUCUUCUUGUGCUACUUGUAUGCAAUUAUACUUCGUCAGUUUGACCCUGAUAAACUAUGUGGGUUCUUCAACGGGCCACCAGGUUUUACUCAGUACUGGAUCUGGACCGCAUCCAUCUUGUACUCGCUCUUACCCUUCGUGUUACUCGCUGUCUUGACCGUCUUCAUCAUCCACAGUCUCAGGAAGCACUUCCGGUCUCGCCACACCCUGCACGCGACCUCGGGGGUGGAACAAAGUUUUUCUCGCGCCGAGUUCGCCAUUUGUGUCAUGAUGGUGGCAGCGACUGUCGUCUUCUUGUUCCUCACCCUCCCGUCCUGCGUAUACUUUGUCCUGUACGAAGCUCAUGUCCUGAAUUACGAUCAGGGCGUUGAUCUUCAGAUUAUCACCUUGCUGACUGAAGAGUUCUCCAAGGAGCUCGCGGAUUUGAGUCACGGGAUCAACUUCUACAUCUACUUCCUCACCAACGGCCGGUUUCGUGGUCGCUUCAAGCAGCUUUUGCACAAGAUUUGUUAGGAACACUGUGGUAAUCACUGUUUGCAAAAAUUGAAAACCUAGUGGCUCCACCCUUCUAAAAAAUCUUAAGCACCUUCAUGUAGGUGGAUAAAGGUGAUGUAAAUCCCUAGAAACAAUAGAACAAAAAUGCUGAGCUGUUGGGAGAAGAGACACUACACUGGUUUAAAAGCAUUGCUGUUUACUUGUUAUGAGCUUUGAAAAUGUUUGCAUCCCAAAAGAAAAGAUUAGACAAAAAGUAAUCAGUUGUUUUUGGAUUUUUUAAUUAAUUAAUAAGCCUAGAAUGUGGUGGAAAUUCGAAGAGUGCUGUAUGACAAUUUAGAACUUUUAGUUUUACUUUGAAAGUGCAGACUGUAGAAACAAAGCAAACAAAUUUUGUUUGGGAAAAGCAGUAAAGGAUGUUGCUGGUAAUUUUUUCCUUUCCACCCAAAAUGGAUGACGGGUAUCUCAGGGGAAAUAAUUGCAGGCAGUAUUGGCUUGGCUCCUAUUUUCGCAUGCCUUAGACACAGUCGAACUUUGACAUUUGAUUGUCCCAAAGGCUACCAGGCAAUUGUUUUUUAAAUGAAAAUGGGGAACUGUCGUUGUUAAUGGAUGUUUUGCCCCAGAAGUGUUAGAGUGCAUGUGCUUGCAGCUUUGUUGUGUGAAUAUUGACCAUCGAUGUAUUGUUUUGAGUAGCCAAGGUUUUCUCUGUUCUAGCCAUUGUCUUUUCCAGAAUACAGUAGACACUAAGAACAUUUCUUCUUUACCAUUUACUGGUACCCUUGGGGUACUGUCUUCGCCGAUGAGUGGCAUGUUGUUGAUGUUGGUGUUCAAAGUGCCUGACAUUCUACUGACAGUAAUGACCUCUGUCUUUCCUAUCUAAUUUGCAUAUCAUUGGUCAGUCCAUGUAGGUACCGAUCACCUUUACUUGGGGUAACGAAGACAAGGUGGAGUUCUUUAUUGUAUUGUCUCCGACGUCCAGUUCUCUGAGGAUAAAGACUGUGUCCCUUCCUAAACCAAACUGUGAAUUGUUUAAUCUUGAAUAAACAUGUCCAUACAUCGAUAUCACUCCUUAUUAAACAAGACAUUAAUCUUAAAUAGCUGGGCAGAGUUUAUGAAAAGAAAGAACAACUAUUGUAUAUAAUGUUUUACUCCAUGUAGCUUCUCUUCAAAAGCUGUUGGUUGUGACAUCAGAGUUGAAUUGUGCAUGCCGUUAGUAGUAGUAAGUAUUUCUCUGGUUUUUGGGGUUUUUUUUUGUUUUUUUGUUGGUUUUUUUUUGUUGUUUUUUUGCUCUAUGAACUAUUCAACGUUCGUCCAAAACCGCACGAUGCCAUCUUCUGCUCCAAAUAUUUUCCUUCUUUUGUCGUCCGUAAAAAUAAAAGCAUUUUCAUAAACUUGAAAAAAACAAGUCCAGAUCCAAUUCCAUUCCUAGCUUGUAAUAAGGAAAUGGUUUUUUUUUCUUAAAUGUUGUGUGUGACGCCGUUGCUGGUGCUGGUGUUGGUGUUGGUGUUGGUGCUGGUGUUGGUGCUGGUGUUGGUGCUGGUGCUGGUGCUGGUGCUGGUGCUGGUGCUGGUGCUGGUGUUGGUGCUGGUGUUGGUGUUGGUGUUGCCAGUGUAUUUCAGCGCCUGCUGUGUACAGUUCGUGCUUGCCCUGUAGCUCCAGCCACAAAGCCCACAGGUCCUUUACAAACAUACCUUGUUAGAAGACAUAAAGCAUUCACGGCCAAAGAGAGUGAACAGUCAAAACAAUUGUCAGUAAUUUUGCCCAAGCUUGAUACAAGUCCAAGCUUUUCUCGUGGAAGACGGUUGUUAAAUUUUCCUCUUGGAAACUGUGCUUACUGAAGUUCUGCAAACCUUCCGUGCCAGUCCCUGAUGAAUGUCUGACAUCUACAUUUCGUUUCUUUAAUAACAGCUAAAUGUUCCAGAUGUUGGAGGCAUUUCUGACCAAGGUUUGACUGAGAACACUGUGCAUGCCGAGGUCAGGAAGGAGUCACAGCCUGGUGUUGCUCGAGGUGUAGAAAGACGAGAGUAGAUGAGGCUCAGCCAAGAUAACAUCUGCUGUGAAUGUUUUGCUACAAAACCAACUCACACGGAGCUCAAAGCCAGAUUCUGUUCACAUUUUGGGUGAAUGUAGCUCACCGGUCGUUAUAAAGAUGAUAACCUAAAAAAUACAAAGUGAAAAGUUUACGAAUGUUCAUGGAUACAUCUCGUAAAAAAAUCGUUUCCAGCUCUUCCACAGUGCCGGUAGUCUUGACAUAUUUAUGUCGGAGAUUUUCACAACCCCGCAGUUUUGUCAACCUUCUCUGCACAUGAUGAUGUUUGCAGACUUUGGAAAAAAACAGUCUCCUGAUUUUAAAAAUAAAGUAGGGCUAGGGGAAGUAAUCGUAUGCGUUGGAAGAAAAUACACUCUCCUGUGGUGUCAAAAACGAUUGCGUGGAUAGAAACAAGACUGAAAAACUGUAAAACUUUCUUAACGACAAUGUAUUUUGGGCACGCGGGUAGUUAGCUAGCAAUCCUUUGCCGUUAGAUACAGGAAAAAGUCAUUGAAGCUUUCAGCUGUAAUUUGCAUUGCAACAGCGUAACCUGUAAGAAAGGAAGAAAGAAAGGAUGGAAGGAAGGAAGGAAGGAAGGAAGGAAGGAAAUGUAUUCAGUUGUCAGGCAAGAUGCAUAAGCAAAAAAUAGGCUCAUGCAGAUCGAAACUUACCAAGUUCAUGUUCAAGGCAGAAAUACAGACUCGUGUUACUCAGAAACCUUUGACCCCGGCAAUACUUCAUCCAAGAUGGCGUGGACUGGUGACAGCAGCUUUUGUCUGGAUUAGCAUGGGUGUUCAUCUGCUAAACGAAUUGGCGGAUGAAAUUCUGAUUGCAAAACGAUUAUUACAUUUCUAUUUGCUUCUUUGUGGGACUGUUGUGCUCUUUAAACGGGCUGCAGCUGCCUGUGUGUACGUCCACCUGUCCGUCUGUGUCUGCUGCUUUUACUGAUGUUAAAAGUCCAAAAACAUUUUUUUAAAGAAUGGUUAUUUCUCUCUUGCGCUGUUUUCUGUUAGCCUGUUGCUAAAAUGGCAAAGACAUUUUCAAAGAUGACGAUUAAAAGACAUUUGGCUUAUUGUAUGUAGGCUUGUUAGCGCGUGAUGCAGUGUAGAUGACUUGGCUCAGAGCAUCAGGACGUGCAGUCAGAGACUUGAGCACGCGCACCACGUCAUGUUUACGUCACAGCACGCGCCUGCACACGCUCCAACAAGUC